AAAAAUGCCAAAGUGACAACUAACCUAAAAAAUUUAUGAAAUCAAAAUAAUUUGGCUUUUUGCAGUAUUUUGGUUCUUUUGGCAAAGAUAAACUGAGCAAAAUGUCCAAAAUUUCUAAUUUGAUCAACUUCUUUUCUAAAAGAACUAUCUCCUUGUCAGCACCUAGAGAAGGUAAGAGGAAUUUUAGGAAAUUUGUAAUUCCUAAUAAAAGGGGUUCUCGCAUACACAAAAAACAGCAAAUGGGUGAAAAUCCUGAACUGCCAGUGGACAGGAGAGGUGUGCGUGAAACAGGUUACAGGCUCAAUGGGCGAUUUGUGAAUGUUCCUGAAAUGAUACCAGAAUUGAUUGUACCUGACCUGAAAAACUGUGACCUAAAGCCCUAUGUCUCGUAUAGAGCUGCUGAUGUUAUACAGAGUGAAUUCACAGCACAACAGUUGUUCGACGCAGUCUAUAGCAAAAAGAUAGUCACUGAUUACAAAGAAGGAAAGUUGGAUGUAGAAGGAAACCCGUUAGAACCAUCAAAAGAAGAAAAAUUGCAACCGGAAGAGGCUGUGGCUGCUGCCAGAAGAACAGGCUCUGACUUACUUUGAAUAAUUUGUUGUUUAUGUAGUAAUAUAGCUGUAAAUAAUUAAAAUGUUAGGUAAAUUA